AUGAAUGACACAGGAAUUUUCGUAUUUGGCUUGACAUUAUUUGAAGAGAAAAAACUAGACGCGGUAUCAUCUUUGCCGUUGGAAUUGUCGUGGAAAAUAUUUACUUAUGUAGAUGACGGAUCCCUACACAAUGCUGUUAAAGUGAGUUUACUAUGGCGCCGAAUUAUUAUUUCAAAUAUGGCUUUAAGAAAGAGACUUAAUAUAUUUGAAGCAGCUCUUAUGUUGGGCUCAAAGAGCUUGGUAAAAUAUAGUGGAAAAGGAAGGCGAAAUUCAAAGAAAAAAAUGUCAAAAAAUUACUUGUCUAUUGGCGAGUACCCUGUUCAAUCAACGAUAACCGUUCUCAAGUGUAAGCGAGGGGGAGACGAUUUAAUUAUUUGCUCGAAACGUUUCAAAUUACAUUGA